UGAAAAGAACAGCAAAGAACAGUUGAGUUUACUGUUUUAUGUUUUCGCCAGUUUUCACUUAUAACCACAUCAAAAUUAUUGGAAAAACCGCGUUUAAAAUUAAUGUAACAUGGCAGCUCCAAAAGUAACUCCAACAACUUCACCUUCUGUUGAAUUGAGUUCAUAUCGUGAUCAACAUUUUAAGGGGUCUAGAGCUGAACAGGACAGACUUUUAAGGAAUUCAACAACUUUGUAUGUUGGAAAUUUAUCAUUCUACACUACAGAAGAACAAAUAUAUGAGUUGUUUUCAAAAUGCGGUGAUAUUAGAAGAAUUAUUAUGGGCUUAGAUAAAUAUAAAAAGACACCAUGUGGUUUCUGUUUCGUCGAAUAUUAUCAAAGAAGUGAUUCUGAAAACUGUAUGCGGUACAUUAAUGGAACACGGUUGGAUGAUAGAAUAAUUAGAACAGAUUGGGAUGCAGGUUUCAUAGAAGGUAGACAAUAUGGAAGAGGAAAAACUGGUGGACAAGUAAGAGACGAAUACAGAUCAGAUUUUGACAGUGGAAGAGGUGGUUAUGGCAAAAUUAUACAACAGAAAGUGACACCUCUUAGUGAUGGAGGUUUUGGACAUUGAAAUUUGACCUAUGACCAAGUUCCCAUGCACGAUUUUGCGGCAACGGUCAACGGGAAAGCUGCGUGGACGCAGUUCGAGCGACGACGGCUGCUCGAAGACUACGAAACACCGCCGACGCGUUUUAAGCCGUCACCGAAACGUCAAUUACGCUGCACGCAUACUCUACGAGAAGAUACGGCCCCAUCGGCACAGGCGGAACCACACACUUGACUUUCGAAUUCGAUUCUACGUCGGUUGCCGCGACCUUACCGAUCGAAAACGUUUUAUCCUCUCUUCAAAUCGACAAAUGUAAACAGAACGGGCGAACAAUUUAACAGAAAAUAUUGUAAAUAUAUACAUACUCUUUGUUUCACGGGUGUGAACUCUGAAACGAUUCAUUUGUUGAAAAUUUUUAUUUUCAGUUACCACUUGCGACCGCAAAAAAAAAACAAAAAUAAAAAUGGUCACGUGAA